CGCGUAUGUUUCGCUGUCAUUCGUUUCGCUCACUUUUGUAAACAUGCAUUUCGUAGACUGGACGCAACAAAUUAAGCGCUACCUUUAAUCAGCAAACAGUGCGCGUGUAAUUAGCGCUAGACUCGCACGAGCGAGAGUAGCCUUGUGACCCAAGCGCGCUGCUGUGACAAUGUCAGUCAGCCACAUAACGCCGAGCGGCAAGGGGCAAGGCCAGAAGGGCAAACGCAACUCGAUGACCCGGCCACAGAGCGCCACCAAUGAUGGAGACAUCUUCAUUGGCUUCCGGGUGGACUAUGACAAUGAUGGUGUCACACCAGCCUACAAAACCAGACUGUUGAGUUUGUUCAAGCAGAUUGAGAAAGAGUUUGAUAUCUUAUACAAAGAAAAUCAAAGCUUACAUGAAAGAAUCGAGCAGUUAAAUGAAAAGUUUGAUGGUUGUGCCAUUGACAAAGUUACAACUUAUGACAGUGUGGACUUUGACAACAAUUAUCCACAGAAAAUCAACAAAAAGUUGAGCACCACAUCAACACAGAAUUUAAAAGCAGCGCAUAAAUUAAAAGCUCAAACGAGUAAAAUCGUGUCGAGUUUUAAAACGCCGCAUUUAAAUUGCAACUUAAUCAGAGAAUACAAGGGUCAUAAAGAUGGCGUCUGGGAAGUUUCAGUCGCGCGGCCUGGUCAACCCAUCAUUGGUACUGCAUCAGCAGAUCAUACUGCAUGUGUGUGGAGCACUGAUAACAACAGAUGUUUACUGCAGUACCAUGGGCACAACGGCUCAGUUAACUCAAUUCGUUUUCAUCCUAUGAAAGAUUUAGUGUUAACUGCGAGUGGAGAUGGUUCAGCACAUAUUUGGCAAGCUGUUGUGAAUUGGGAUUUGCCUAAAGGAUAUUCAUCCGAAGAAGAAUUAGAAGGUGAUGAAUGUGAAGAUCGUGUAGAUGCGCGUGUUUCCACCCUUAGGACACCAGUGCGUGAAUUAGGAGGCCAUGUCGGUGCGAUUGCAGCAGCCGAAUGGCUUUCAGGUGCUGAGCAGAUAAUAACUGCGUCGUGGGAUAGAUUAGCGAUUUUACAUGACGUUGAAGUCGGUUCGACCGUGAUCACCUUGACUGGUCAUGAUUUGGAAUUGACGCACACGGCGACGCACGGGGCACAAAAACUGGCGUUGACCUCGUCGCGCGACACCACCUUCCGGUUGUGGGAUUUCAGAGAUAACGUACAUUCGGUUUCCGUCUUCCAAGGACACACUGAGAGUGUGACUUCGGCUGUUUUCGCUCGUGACGACAAAGUCGUAUCGAGUUCGGAUGACCGCAGCGUAAAAGUUUGGGAUUUACGCAAUAUGCGUUCCCCAGUAGCGACAAUCCGCGUUGACUCUGCUGUUAACCGAGUUUCAGUCUCUCAGAAUGGUAUAAUUGCCAUACCUCAUGAUAAUCGUCAGGUGCGACUGUUUGAUCUCACUGGUCAAAGACUAGCACGUCUGCCACGUAGUUCACGGCAGGGUCACAGCCGUAUGGUGGCUGCAACCGCGUGGGCGGAUGAAAGUCUCGGCGGUGUUAAUCUUUUCAGCUGUGGGUUUGAUCGACGCGUGCUAGGCUGGUCGAUUCAAUCACUAAAGGAUUUGUAAGUACAGGUAUCCCAGAAACCACUCGCGUGGUGGGACAUGUGAUGGCGUAAAAAACUUUUCAAAUUGUUUAAAAUGUUAAAACACAUUUGAAAAGUUUUUCGACACGCGGUGUUAACAUGGGCGACCCUUCUCUCUUAUUAUAUACUUAUCAAGUCCUUUUUAAAGCUACAAAGAAAAUCCGGAGUGGGCGAAGCGUAGUUUCGGACCUGUGUGCGUGCACUCGGAUAUUUUUAACGUGCUGAGAACCAAGGCGAUGAAUCUAGGGAAUUAACCUCGAAACUUAAGCGAAGUUGUACAUAGAAAAAAAAAUGGCGGCGAUCGUGGUGUUUGUUUGCGUACGACGCGUUACACGGAAAGUGGUUUAUUUCGUAGUUACUCUUUAAAAUAAAUGUUUACCGUUUACCAUUUCGGUGUCGUAGGUAAUCUUUUCUAAAUGCGGGACUGAACAAAAUACUAAAUACUGAAAUAUUUAAAACUAUUUAAACAUAGAUGAUAUUUUAAUGUGCGAUUUGCAUUUACUUUUUGUUGUGCUGUUGAUUGUGUUAUUUAUUUUGUUGAGGAGAUGUGCUCAAGGGUAAAUUUAAGAGUUUAGGCGACAAUGGGUUUAUCAUGUUUUUGCUUCGAAAUUACUUAUGUGAACCUCAAUUUUUGUGGAAAUGUUGUAACUCUUAUGAAAAUCAUUUAUUUGGUGUUAAUGAUGACAAAAUAUUGGUAAUCCUAACAUGGCCUAACCUCUUUGUUUAUAAUAAUUCUUAAAAACCGCAGGAUAAUCAUUCUAUGAACAUUUUGUAGGUGUUUUUGAGGUUAUGUUUGCACUCUUUAACAAUACCUGCACUUCUCUUUAUGGUUGGUAAAUUUCUGUCGUUCAAAACGAUAACCAAUAUAAAAAUAUCGCGAAAACACCUUCUUGAAAUGUUCUGAAAAAUGAUUACAAUUGACUUUGGAUAAAUUUGCUUAUAGUUGUAGAUGUUCCCCUCGAAAAUCUCAAAACAUUAUAUUACAUACACUAACUGAACUUAACUAUAACUGAAAAUUGUAUCAAAUAGCACACCGAACCGAUGGACUUAUUGUUCGUAUCAGCAGAAUGUGACACUGUCUAAAUUUCUAGUCAAUAGCUGGUUGUUUAUUGAAUAGUUGGUUAAAAUUAUAAUUCUAAUCAUCAUAUCAUGAUUAUUACACAAUUUUAUUGUAUAUGUGAGGAAAACACGUUCAUAUCAUGCAUUAAUUAAGACGAAAUUUAAACGGCGACGCGAAUUGGAUCGAAUUUAUUGUUAAUUGCUUACUUAAGAAGUUUAUAGACUUUAAAAAAGGAAAAAACAAACUUAUAACACGCUAAAGAUUUUAUAUAAUUGCUCAUGAUGGUGCUGUAUUUGUGAAAUCAGUUGAAUCAUGCAAAUAUUAUUUGAAUUUUAUAUGUUUCCUCAAUGUGUUUAUUUGUUGGAGGUUACUUUAUGAAAAAUAAUAAUAUAUGAAAUCAUACGAUACGAUAUAAA